GGGAGGAUGGAGUACACAGGCGCACACAGAACGCAGGCUAUGCCUGUCAGGCCCUGACAUCGCUCUGAUCAGCACAAGAUCAUCCAGCCUUUGACUAGACAUCCAUACAUCCAGCAUCGGAGGAGAUCUCCAAACAUUCAACAGAACAUCAAGCCUCUGACUAGACGUCCAUACACCCAAGAGAACAUCUAGCCUCUUACGAGACCGGUUUACCUCCAACAGAACAUCCAGCCUCUGACUAAACCUCCAUACACUGAACAGAACCUCUAGCCUCUUACGAGACCGGUUUACCUCCAACAGAACAUCCAGCCUCCGACUAGACCUCCAUACACUGAACAGAACAUCCAGCCUCUUACAAGACCUGUUUACCUUCAAAAGAUCAUCCAGCCUUUGACUAGACAUCCAUACAUCCAGCAUCUGACGAGACCUCCAAACAUUCAACAGAACAUCAAGCCUCUAACCAGACCCCUAUACUUCCAACAGAACAUCCAGCAUCUGACGAGACCUCCAAACAUUCAACAGAACAUCAAGCCUCUGACUAGACGUCCAUACACCAAAGAGAACAUCUAGCAUCUGACUAGACGUCCAUACACCCAAGAGAACAUCAAGCAUCUGACUAGACCUUCAUAUAUCCAAGAGAGCGUCUAGCAUCUGACUAGACCAUUAUACAUCCUAAAGAACAUCAAGCCUAUGAAUAGACCUUCAUACAUCCAACGGAACAUCCAACCUCUGGCUAGACCUUCAAACAUCCAACAGAACACCUAGCCUCUGAUUAGAGCUCUACACUUUCAACAGGACAUCCAACAUCUGUCUGGACCUCCAUACAUCCUAAAGAACAUCCAGCAUCUGUUUGUGAAGUCGGAGGAGACGCUUGCAGCCUGGAGAUUUCCUCCAACAUGAAUUUGUGCUGGAAUGAGAUAAAGAAGAAGUCUCACAGUCUCAGGGCACGUCUGGAAGCAUUUGCAGAUCCUACCCUCAAGCUGCAGCCUCCACUUCAGGAAAUCAUAGACUGGCUGGGGGCGAAAGAUGAAGAGCUGUCAGUUCAGCUGCCCCUCCGUGGUGACUUAUCGGCAGUGCAGCAGGCCAAAGAUAAACAUCUGCUGUUUAUAGAGGAGGUGAAAGCACGGGGUCCGUACAUAUACUCAAUUCUUGAGUCGGCUCAAGCCUUCCUCACCCAGCAUCCCUUCCAAGAUGCAGAAGAGGACACAUCUGCGUUGACCAAAGAUUCUUCUCCGAAAAAUCGCUCCCAGAACAUUAGUCGUUUACUUUGGAAGCAAGCAAAUGUAGCCAGUGAACUUUGGGACAGGCUGACUGCCCGUGGUUUAGACCAACAACGCCACCUGGAAAGAACGUUGGAACAGCUUCAGGAUUUGGAAGUUUCUAUGAAAGAGGCUACCGAUGCACUUCAACAAGCGGAGAAUGUGCAAGCAACUUGGGAAACCAUUGGAGACUUGUUCAUUGAUUCCCUACCAGAGCACAUUCAAGCUACAAAGUUAUUUAAAGAAGACAUGACCUCCAUAAAAGACACAAACAAGAUGGCGAACGAUCUCGCUCAUCAGCUAGCCGUUUGCGACGUUCACCUUUCUGUGGAAAACGCUCGUGAGCUUGAACAAAUGAAUAACCGAUGGAAGCAGCUACAGACUUCUGUGGCGGAACGCUUGCGGCAGCUGCAGGACGCUCACCGUGACUUCGGACCCGAGUCUCAGCACUUCUUGUCAUCAUCAGUUCAGGUUCCAUGGGAAAGAGCGAUAUCCCCCAACAAGGUGCCGUAUUACAUCAAUCACCAGGCACAGACGACGUGCUGGGAUCAUCCGAAAAUGACCGAGCUGUACCAGGCGCUGGGAGAUCUAAACAACAUAAAGUUCUCCGCCUACCGGACGGCGAUGAAACUGCGCAGAGUGCAAAAGGCGCUGAGAUUGGACCUGGUCACACUUCCCCUGGUCACCCAGAUAUUCAGCUCUGACACCCUGCAAUCUGCAGAACGCUCCCUGGACGUCCUCGAUGUCAUUCGCUGCCUGAGCUCUCUGUAUGAACGAUUGGAAGAAGAGCGCGGACUGUUGGUCAACGUUCCCUUGUGUGUGGACCUAGCCCUCAACUGGUUACUAAACGUCUUUGAUGGUGCCCGCAAUGGACGGAUCCGGGUUCUCUCGUUCAAAGCUGGAAUAGCGUGUUUGUGUAACAGCGAUGUCAAGGGAAAACUAGAAUAUUUAUUUUCACAGGUAGCAAAAACCGAUGGAACAUGUGACCAGAAGCAGCUAGGCCUUCUUCUGCAUGAAGCCAUCCAGAUACCGAGACAACUUGGAGAAGUUGCAGCAUUUGGGGGAAGUAAUGUUGAGCCCAGCGUUAGGAGCUGUUUCCGAUUUACCACCGGUUCCACGGUAUUGGAGUUAUCUCAUUUCCUGGAGUGGGGAUGUCUGGAGCCGCAGUCUUUGGUUUGGCUUCCAGUUUUACAUCGGGUGACGUUGGCUGAGACCGUUAAACACCAGACCAAGUGUUCAGUCUGCAAACAGUGUCCUAUAAAGGGGUUUAGGUACCGGAGCCUGAAACAAUUCGGAGUGGAUAUUUGCCAGUCCUGUUUCCUAACUGGGCAAGCAAGCAAAGGAAGCAAACUCCAUUAUCCAAUCAUGGAAUAUUACACAACGACAACCUCGGGAGAGAAAAUGAGGGAUUUUGCUACCACUCUCAAAAAUAAAUUUAGGACGCGUCAGUAUUUUAGUCGCCAUCCGCUGAGAGGCUACCUUCCUGUGCAGUCCAUGCUCGAGGCUGAAGUUAUUGACACCGACACGUCCUUGUCCUCCCCGAUGCUCCCCCACGCUGACACACACUCCAGGAUAGAGCACUUUGCUAGCAGACUUGCAGAAAUGGAAAAUCAGAGCGGCUCCUUCUUUACCGAUAGUCUUUCCCCUGAUGACAGCCUUGAUGAAGACCAGUAUAUACUACGCCAUUCCAGUCCAAUCACAGACCGAGACCCAUGCAGUACUUCACAGUGUUCAGGGUCAAAGGAUCCGAAGGAAGAAGAGGGUGAGCUGGAAAAGGUCAUCGCCCAACUGGAGCAUGAAAACAGAAUUCUGCAGGGAGAGCUGAAAAGACUGAAAUGGCGGCAUGCGGAGGCUGGAGAGCAAGCACUCCUGGGCGAGGUAUCGCCGGAUUCGGGAGGCAGCGGCAGUGGCGAUGUACAGAGCGAGGAAUUGUUAAGCGAGGCCCGAAUUUUACGCCAUCACAAAAGCCGCCUUGAGACUCGUAUGCAGAUACUGGAAGAUCACAACAAGCAACUGGAGUCCCAGCUUCAUCGUCUCAGGGAAUUACUUCUACAGCCUAGCGUGGACGAAGGCAAACCUCUAUCAUCAGCCCCGUCUCCGGAUUCUGAGAGUAAGUCCUAUCAGAACAACGGGACGCCUGAGACUGAAGCUGCGGAUGACAUGGACAGUCGAACGAAAGACAUCGGGUUAUGCUUCGAAGACAUCAUGGAAAAGCUAAGGAAUGUCCUUCCCAGUACAACAGAUGGCACCGCCGAAUGACGGACGUCUGACGUUGCCGCUGUGCCGGCAGGCAUCUCCUAGAGCGCAGCGUGUGCAAUGUAACCAGAUGAAGGAUGAUCGGCGUUGCUGAAAAUUCUUACAAAUUCAAGCCAAAGAAAGGGGGGUUCCUGAAAAGUCACGUAAAGGAAACGAUCGCUCUCCAUUCACAUUGGAUCUGGGGAAGUUGAACAAUAUCCACAGGACGGGCUCGGAAGAAUAAGAAGAAGAUCACUGGAUGGAAAGUUGGACCUACGAACUGUUUUACCCGUCUCAGCUUUGUCAUUUCCCCUUUUGAAGAAUUGGUAACGUUUUACGGCUGCUGGCGAGACGGAAAGAUUUUUUGGGCAAGUACGGCUGCGAGUCCUGAGAGGCCGAUAGACGUCGAUGAACAAGUGUACGCUGAAGAGCACAUAAUACUAAGGAUUACUAAGGAACAAUAAUAAUGAAUACUAAGUCUACUAGGGAUUGUUACUCAAUGGGUACAGAAUUUGUAAUAAAUAACGGAUCGUAUUCUCUAGGCUUCUACUCUGUGAUGAUAAAUCCCAUCUGCAAUCCUUUAUACAAGCUGAAGUUGUAGGAUUUUAUUUUAUUUUUUGCAUAGUUACUUUCAACCAGCUUGGACCAAUGUAUGCCAUACCUGUUGGAUCCCUCUGAAAGGGGAGGAUCACUGUAGAAGUCAAUGCUACUACAGUGAUCUCUGCUGAGCCCUUCUGCAUAGUGAACACAGGGGGGCGCUGACUUGUCAUGGGCGCCAUCCACAGAACGUCUUGUAUUUUUCUCAUUGAAUACAACAUGUCCUUUGAUUGAACAGGGUGGAGAGGCAGGGCAGUGGCGUCAUGAUCUCCACCUG